ACGUAAUGUUUAGUGACGUCAGCUAUUAAAAAGCAACAGCUUUCUGGGGAAACAUGGCGGGCAGAGUCCUCCAAAGAGCAGGCAACGGCCUUAAACACACUAGAAACGCACUGCGGACCAAUGGUCAUGUAACGGUUUUCGUAAGGAGUCUGGCUGGGUUUCGUGAUGACAGCUGGUUCAAGUCUCUUUUUGUUAGAAAGGUCGACCCCAGGAAAGAUGCGCACUCUAAUGUACUUGCCAAGAAGGAGGACAACAAUUUGUAUAAAAUACAGUUUCACAAUGUCAAGCCUGAGUGUCUUGAGGCUUACAAUGAUCUUUGUGAAACAGUUUUGCCUUCCAUUCAUGCUGACCCUCACUACCCUUGUGAACUGGUGGGCACCUGGAACACAUGGUACGGAGAACAGGAUCAGGCAGUUCACCUGUGGAGAUAUCGGGGAGGAUACCCGGCCCUCACCGAAGUCAUGAACAAACUCAGGCAGAAUAAGGAGUUCAUGGAUUACAGAAAGGAGCGGGGGAAGAUGCUGCUUUCCCGUAGGAACCAGCUGCUGCUCGAAUUCAGUUUCUGGAAUGAACCCACCUCGCGCUCAGGACCCAACAUCUAUGAGCUCCGAUCAUACCAGCUCAGGCCAGGGACUAUGAUCGAGUGGGGCAACUACUGGGCACGUGCCAUUGAGAUUCGCCAGCAGAACCAGGAGGCUGUGGGAGGCUUUUUCUCACAGAUUGGAAGUCUGUACACAGUUCACCACUUAUGGGCUUACAAAGAUCUUCAGUCCAGAGAAGAGACUAGAAAUGCAGCCUGGCAGCGUGAAGGUUGGGAUGAGGUUGUUUAUUACACAGUCCCUCUUAUUCAGCAAAUGGAAUCUAGAAUAAUGAUUCCUCUGAAGACUUCACCUUUGAAGUAAAACCGUAAAUACCAAGAAAGGAGCCAUCAAGCUGUCAGCAGCUGAAGCAACAACCACAGUGAUGUGUAGGGAGUGUAACCGUUGGGGGGAGUGAGCACUGCCACCAAUGUAAACAUCAACAGGUCUCUUCAGCUUUAGAUUUCUUCAUUUCUUUACUCCCAUUUUUUUUUCUUUGUGGGAUUAAACAUGUCUUAUCUCUUAUUUAUUUCUUACAAAGUCAGUUAUGCUCAUUAUGUCAAGACUGCAUCUGUUACAGCAGUUAAUGUUCCUGAUCCAUGACGGUGCUGUGUUUAGAUGAAUACACACUCCUCUGCAUCGCCUUUCUCAUCAUAAAACGGUCACAUUUAAAGAAACCUGUCUUAUUUUUAAAUAAGCCAUUUAGAAACAACUGUUUUUGAUUGAGGUACCAGGAUAGGAUGUGAAUCUCAAUAUUUGCAGUUCUAGUGCUGGUCACAGGAGCUGAAAAUGUUUCGUAAAAUGAUGUUAGAAAACGAAACUGCACUGCGCGGCAUGUGAUUGUUGGUACGUAUCGGCUGGAGCUCCUUUACACAGGCACUGCCUGGUGACAGAAAAUGAUCUCAAAACAAAACAAGACUUCAAGACUUUCUGAAGGAAAUAACUGGAAAUGUGUUACUCCUGUUGAUUGGAAAAGCUAAAAUGGGAAUAGAUCACAUGGUUGUUUUACAAAGAGGAGCAGGCUGACUACAAAAAUUUUACAAUUAACUGUUUGACUUGCAGUGAUGCACGGGUCAACCCGUGGGUCGAGUGAGCGCAGAUAAGUUUGGUGAGAAAAGUUCCCAAUAAGUAAUUACAUAGUAAUUUCCAGCUAUAUUACAAGCUCUUUAAGUGUCAUACAACAGGCUAAGAUGAUUACUUUCUUCUCUCUUUUCCUCAGAGUGCUUGUUGCCGUUCAUGGCGGCAGACUGUAUUUGACGAUGCAUACUACGUUUGCAUCCCAUCUGCAGAACAGCACAGCCUACUUACCAUUGUAGAUGUAAACAAAAUUAUUGCGGAAAAACAGCUGGGGCACAACACAAUGCAGAGUCAAACAUCUGCUUCUUUAUUUGACCCACAACCAGCUGAUACUUUUUCUGCUUAUCAUCCUGACCACACUCUUUAAAAAAAAAAAAAAAAAUCUGUGUGGGCUCUGCAAACAAACACAC